UGAAAUUCAAACGCGUGGAAGAGGAUAAGCCAAAAUCCUCGCAAGGUCGGGAGACUCUACGCCCAUGGCAGUGACAAUCAAUUCCUCCGUAUUGUCUUGUCGAAGCCCCAGAAGCAUACCCACAAACAUCUUUAGCGUUGCAUAUCCAACUUGCACCAAGGCAUUCAACAGAGCUUCUGCAGUGUCUCGAGCUGUAUUUGUGAAAUGCAGCUCAGAAGAGAGCGAAAAUGGUGGUUUCAAGGAGGCGUUGUCUGGUAUGGUGGGCAAGCAAGUAGAGGAACUGUUGAACCGGGAAGAGAACAGGGUUUUGUUGGAGGGGUUGGAGAAGGCGUCGCAGAGAGUGGAGAAGGCGAGGAGGGAGCUGGCUGAGAUUGAAAAGCAAGAAAUUGAAGCUAAGCAGUUGAGGAAUUACAUCGAGCAGCUUGAAGGCAGAAGCUCCGAGAUUGCAGAAUGCCAGAGGGAAAUAUUAGAAGCGAGAGCAAAGGUUGAAGAGGCAGAGCGCUCUCUGUCAAUAAACAUGGGUGAAGAUGGAGAUAGAGAUAGUUUCUUGGAAACAGAAAGCAAGGAAAUUAACAAAGAAGAGGAGAGAUUAGAGUCAGUAAAAGCAGCACUUGUUUCUGCCAUGGUUGGUACCUUUGCAGGGCUUCCCAUAUUCUUAACUCAGGUGACCAGCAGUUCUCAGCUGUUACUCCCUUUGGCAAUCAACUUUGUCAGCUGUGCAUUGUUUGGGAUUACCUUCCGAUAUACAAUAAGAAGAGACUUGGACAACAUUCAGCUAAAGACAGGGACAUCUGCAGCUUUUGGCUUUGUUAAAGGUCUUGCUACACUUGGGGGAGGAUCACCUUUGGAAUUGGACGCUGGAAGCUUCUUGUCACAUGCUUUUGAUGGUGUCCUGUAUGUAUCUGAGAAUCUUUUUAUCUUUGUUUUUGCUGCUGUUGGUCUGGAUUUCUGCUUUAAGAUGAGGUUUUUAAGUCCUUUUCCCAUCAAAAGUUCAGUUUCGAGGACCAAAUAAUGGCAAAAGCCACUCCACUAGAUACCAUGUUUCUCUGUUGAGGUUGAUACUUAUGAAUAUGCUAUUUAUGGCUACAAUUCGUAAUAUGUUCUGUGGCAUUUUUUCAAAAUGAAAAACUAACAUUCAGUUAUCAA